AUGGGAAAACGGCUCCAGAAGAAACCAAGAAUUCUUUGCCUUCAUGGUUAUGGAGGAAGCGGACAGAUUUUAGAAAAAAUGCUGAAAAAAUGGCCAGAGUUCGUGUUGACAAAAAUGGAUUUGGUGUAUAUAGAUGCGCCUAUUGUCGCAGAUAAGUCCAGUCUCAUAGGGAGAUUUGAUCCUCCUUACUUUGAGUGGUACAAAGCUUUCGAUCAUGAUCUUGAUCAGGUCAACAAAUCUUUUGAUGAAGCCAUUUCUGACAUUGAGGAGCAGAUGAUUAAGCUUGGACCCUUUGAUGGCGUAUUAGGAGUUUCUCAGGGGGGAGGCAUAACAGGUACUCUGCCUGGAAUGCAGAAACAGGGUGUUGCACUGACCAAAGUUCCAAAGAUUAAGUGUGUUAUCAUUAUCUCCGGAGCGAAACUUGGGGGCUUGUUGUUUCCUUCAUCCCCCACAACUUGCUAA